AGAUUAAUGUGUGUUAGGUGGAUGUGUGUUAGGUAAAUGUGUGUUAGGUUAAUGUGUGUUAGGUAAAUGUGUGUUAGGUUAAUGUGUGUUAGGUUAAUGUGUGUUAGGUUAAUGUGUGUUAGGUUAAUGUGUGUUAGGUUAAUGUGUGUUAGGUUAAUGUGUGUUAGGUUAAUGUGUGUUAGGUUAAUGUGUGUUAGGUUAAUGUGUGUUAGGUUAAUGUGUGUUAGGUUAAUGUGUGUUAGGUUAAUGUGUGUUAGGUUAAUGUGUGUUAGGUUAAUGUGUGUUAGGUUAAUGUGUGUUAGGUUAAUGUGUGUUAGGUUAAUGUGUGUUAGGUUAAUGUGUGUUAGGUUAAUGUGUGUUAGGUUAAUGUGUGUUAGGUUAAUGUGUGUUAGGUACAUUUGUGUUAGGUUAAUGUGUGUUAGGUUAAUGUGUGUUAGGUUAAUGUGUGUUAGGUUAAUGUGUGUUAGGUUAAUGUGUGUUAGGUUAAUGUGUGUUAGGUUAAUGUGUGUUAGGUUAAUGUGUGUUAGGUUAAUGUGUGUUAGGUUAAUGUGUGUUAGGUUAAUGUGUGUUAGGUUAAUGUGUGUUAGGUUAAUGUGUGUUAGGUUAAUGUGUGUUAGGUACAUUUGUGUUAGGUUAAUGUGUGUUAGGUUAAUGUGUGUUAGGUUAAUGUGUGUUAGGUUAAUGUGUGUUAGGUUAAUGUGUGUUAGGUUAAUGUGUGUUAGGUUAAUGUGUGUUAGGUUAAUGUGUGUUAGGUUAAUGUGUGUUAGGUUAAUGUGUGUUAGGUUAAUGUGUGUUAGGUUAAUGUGUGUUAGGUUAAUGUGUGUUAGGUUGAUGUGUGUUAGGUUAAUGUGUGUUAGGUUAAUGUGUGUUAGGUUAAUGUGUGUUAGGUUAAUGUGUGUUAGGUUAAUGUGUGUUAGGUUGAUGUGUGUUAGGUUGAUGUGUGUUAGGUUAAUGUGUGUUAGGUUGAUGUGUGUUAGGUUGAUGUGUGUUAGGUUGAUGUGUGUUAGGUUAAUGUGUGUUAGGUUAAUGUGUGUCGUCAUCCCCACCAGCACUACAAAGCUGGUUCAAAUAGCUGUGAUGAUUUGAAUCAGCUGUAUAGUGCCAGGGCAAAAACCAAAAUGUGCUCAUCCUCUCCUCAGCUCUCCUAUCCUCUUCAACUCCUCUCAUCUCCUCUGCUCCCUCAGCUCUCCUCUCCUCUUCAACUCCUCUCAUCUCCUCUGCUCCCUCAGCUCUCCUAUCCUCUUCAACUCCUCUCAUCUCCUCUGCUCCCUCAGCUCUCCUCUCCUCUGGCGGGCCGGGCGCAGUGCACACUGACCAGGUGGCCAGGUGUACGGUGUUUCCUCAGACACAUUGGUGCGGCUGGCUUCCGGGUUG